UAAGCAAUGCAUCAAAAUUCAAGCCAAAUGGACAGCCUUGUUAGAAAGUCUAGUGGCCACAGAUUUUAGAAGAAAAGUACAAAAAGAUAAAUUUGGACAAAGAAUUGAUUCUUAUAAUAAACCAUUAUCACUAUUUCAAGUCAAGGAGAUAGAAAUUGAGGUGGUUGUUAAUAUGGAGAAGGGAACUAGUGUUCAUUCGGUUUUCUGGUUUUGGUCACAAGGAGCUCCAUUGUGUGGUUAUUUUUCGAUGUCUCCUGGGAAGAGAUGGGCCUCCACAACUAUUUUCGUCUUCUUCUUUGUUAUCGGCUUCGUCUAUUGGAUUGACAAGUCUGUCAUAACAGAUGCCAACUUCUUUAGGACAAUUGCAACCACAAUAAGUCCUAAAAAGUCCCCUGCCCAUGUUGAGUUCCCACUCAAUUGCUCCAAUUUGAACUUAACAAUAACAUGCCCAACCAUUCACCCGGGGACAAUUAAUAAGAAAGAGGAAUCAUCCCCUGUGGCAUGUCCGGCUUACACCCGGUGGAUCCACGAAGAUCUACAGCCAUGGAAGAGUACCGGAAUCACAAGGGACAUGGUGGAAAGAGGAAGAGUUCAUGCAAAUUUUAGACUUGUGAUUGUGAAGGGAAAGGCUUAUGUUGAGAAAUAUAGUGAGGCAUUUCAAACUAGGGAUGUCUUUACAAUAUGGGGAAUUUUGCAACUUUUGAGGUUGUACCCUGGGAAGAUACCAGAUUUGGAGCUAAUGUUUUGGUGUGGAGACUCGACCAGGAUUAAAAAACGUGACCACCAAGGACUUAAAGCCAAGUCGGUGCCACCACUAUUCCAUUAUUGUAACGAUGAUGAAUCACUAGACAUUGUCUUCCCUGAUUGGACUUUCUGGGGUUGGCCUGAGCUCGAUAUAAAGCCAUGGAGGACUACGUUGGUGGCCCUAAAAGAAGGCAAUAAAAGGAUCAAAUGGAAAGAUAGAAAACCCUAUGCUUUCUGGAAAGGGAAUCCAUAUGUGUCUAAAAAAAGAGAAGAGCUUUUAAAGUGCAAUGUCCCUAACAAAAAUGAUUGGAAUGUCCGUUUAUAUAUCCAGGAUUGGAUAAAAGAAUCUAAACAAGGAUUCAAGAACUCAAAACUAGAAGAACAAUGCACCCAUAGAUAUAAAAUUUACAUAGAAGGAUGGACAUGGUCCGUGAGUGAAAAGUACAUUCUAGCUUGCAAUUCCAUGACCUUGCUAGUGAAUCCUCAGUACCAUGACUUUUUCACAAGAAGCUUAGUGCCCAUGCAACACUACUGGCCCAUCAAUAUAACUAAUAAUAUAUGCAGAGAUCUUAAGCUUGCUGUCGAAUGGGGCAAUAAUCACACCGACAAAGCACAGAAAAUUGGAGAGGCAGGAAGCAAAUUCAUUCAAGAGAACCUUAAAAUGGACUUUGUUUACGACUACAUGUUUCACUUGUUAAGUGAAUAUGCAAAGCUCCUGAAAUUUGAACCAACAAUUCCUCCAGGAGCACAUGAAGCCUGUUCAGAAACAAUGGCAUGUCUAAUGGAUGAUAAAUUAUGGAAGAUUAAGAAGUUCAUGGUGGAGUCCAUGGUAAAAACCCCUAGGGAUGCACUUCCAUGUACAAUGCCUCCUCCUUUAUGAUCUUCCAAGUUCCAGCUAUUGAAGCCAUUUCUCAAAGAAGAAAGAAUAUAAUGAGAGAAGUGGGUAUGUGGGAAGAGCUGGGCUUGGUUUCUGAGCUUUGGAACCUUAUAUAUCUUGGUAUAGGCUAGAACUUCUUAAGGGCAUCAUGGUGUUAAGAAGAAUUGGUUAUUGAAGAAGAACAAGAUAUAUCAACUAUCCAUCCUCCGAUUUUUAUCCUAAAGCUGUCUCCAAUUUCGUAGACCUUAUCGUUUUGUAAAAAAAUUGUUUUCAUCAUUUUUGAAGAAAAUUAUGUAUUCCAAAAUGGCAAAUAGUCCAAAGUGAAAAUAAGAAAUUCUU